AUGACCUCUUCCACCGGCUCAGCUCAACUCGAUCCUGCCUAUGGCGACUUCUUGAAGGGAAUGGCUCUCCGCCAAGAAACCGAAUAUGAGCGCCUCCGUUUGCAGCAUGAGCUUCACAAAACUGCAAUGUCUGGAAAACUGGUUCAGGUUCCUCUCUCCACAACACGACCUCUGCGAAUUCUGGACUCUGGGACAGGCGAUGGCACUUGGAUGGUCGACGUUUCGAAGCAGUACCCCCAGGCUGAAUUAGUGGGUACCGACAUUUUCCAGAAGCACUUCGAACAACUUAAAGAUGUCCCAAAAUGUAUCAGCUUCAAGGUCCAAAGUGUCCUCGACGACUGGCCAGCCGAAGACCACGAAGCAUACGACCUGGUACAUCAAAGGUAUUGUUUGGCUCAAUUCAGUGCUGAGAAGGACGCAGCCAUUGUCAUGCGUCUCUUCGGCAAUGUGAAGCCAGGAGGGUAUCUCCAAAUUGUUGACGCCAACCUUGGCGGUUUCGACGGAGGAGAAGGGCAUGAGGCAAUGGUGAAGGCCAUGGAUUACUUUAUCAAGGCUUUCACCGAGCACGGUCUAGAGCCGCGUCCAGGUCCUUCAGCUGCCGAGUGGAUGCGUCAGGCUGGAGCUGUUGAUAUUCACGAAGAGGUCAUGUCUUUUAACGUGGGAAUCAAAGCGACCACGCCAGAAGACCAGACUGGUACGACCGUCAACCUCACCACCAUCAUUGACAAUUUUGCUGCGAUUGGUUCUCGAGACCCUAACUACUGGUACACCCCAAAUGAUUUCAUGGCUCUCAAGAACGGUAUCAUCGAGGAAAUGGCAAAGACAGGGAAUACUUGGAGGUUCUGGGUGAUUACUGGGAAGAAACCGGCAUAA